AUGCGUGUGGCCAAGUGGAUAACGGGGCUGCUGUACCAGCUCUCGCUCGUCAUCACCAGGUCUUGGGAAGUUCAUUUCCACCCCAGACAAGAGGCCCUGGUGAAGACCCUGGCGUCUUACGAAGUGGUGACCCCGGUGCGGGUCAACGAGUUCGGAGAAGUGUUCCCGCAGAGCCAACACUUUAGUCGGAAGAAACGCAGCUCGGAGGGUCGGGAGCCCACGCCUUUCCGGACCCAUUACCGCAUCAGCGCCUACGGGCAGCUCUUCCGGCUGAACCUGAGCGCCGACGCCACCUUCCUGGCUGCCGGCUACAGCGAGGUGCACCUGGGAUCUCCCGCGCGCGGGGCCCGGGGGAACCGAGCCCGGACCACCUCGGACCUGCGGCACUGCUUCUACCGCGGCCAGGUCAACGCGCGGAAAGAUCACCGGGCUGUCUUCAGCUUGUGCGGAGGACUGAUGGGAACAUUUAAAGCACAUGAUGGGGAAUAUUUCUUAGAGCCUAUCAUGCAUGCAAAUGGGACUGAACAUCAGGAGGACCACAACAAACCUCAUCUCAUUUACAGACAGGAAUUCAAGAGAAGCUCUUUAAUCAAGUCACACACGCCCUGCGAAGUUUCAGAUUAUCCAAUAAAGAACAUCACUUUACCCUUUCAUAAUCACAGCUAUGUGAGUGAAGAUCUUAGCCAAAUGAAAGAAAGGGUUUUUAGGAUCUCUUCAGAGAACGUAUCCUUGGAAGUGGAAGGAAAACAGUCACAUUCCAGGAACAAACGUUUUUUAUCAUACCCAAGAUACGUAGAAGUCAUGGUGACAGCUGAUGCCAAAAUGGCCCAUUUCCACGGGCAGAACUUACAGCAUUAUGUGCUGACCCUGAUGUCCAUUGUGGCAGCAAUCUACAAGGACUCAACUAUUGGAAAUCUUAUAGAAAUAGUAAUUGUAAAAUUAGUUGUCAUUCACAAGGAACAGGAAGGACCAGUCAUCAAUUCCAAUGCGGCUGCCACUUUACGCAACUUUUGUUUAUGGCAGCAAACCCAGAAUGUUCCUGAGGAUUCCCACCCUUCUCACCAUGACACGGCUGUUCUCAUUACUCGGCAAGACAUUUGUGGAGCGAAAGAGAAAUGUGACACAUUAGGCUUAGCAGAACUGGGAACCCUGUGUGACCCUACGAGGAGCUGCUCUAUUAGUGAAGAGAAUGGGUUGAGUGCUGCCUUUACCAUAGCUCAUGAGAUUGGCCACGUAUUUAAUGUGCCCCAUGACGAUAGUUUUAAAUGCAAAGAGUAUGGAGUUAAGCAUCAGUACCAUGUAAUGGCACCAACUUUAAAUUAUCAUACGAGUCCUUGGACCUGGUCUACCUGUAGUCAGAAGUAUAUCACGGAGUUCCUUGACACUGGUCAAGGGGAAUGUCUCCUUGACAAACCGAAUGAAAGUGUAUAUACUUUGUCUUCACAAUUACCCGGCUUAUUGUAUGAUGUUAACAAGCAAUGUGAGCUCAUGUAUGGUCCUGGAUCUCAAGUGUGCCCCUAUUUGAAGCAGUGUCGGCGUCUGUGGUGCACAAGUACAGAGGACGUUCACAAGGGCUGCCGCACACAUCACAUGCCACUGGCCGAUGGGACCGACUGUGGGCCUGGGAUGCAUUGCUUCCAUGGGCGGUGUGUAAACAGAGAUAUGGAGUUGCGUCCCGUGGAUGGAGACUGGGGUCCAUGGGGGCCUUACACUUCUUGCUCGAGAACGUGUGGAGGUGGAAUCAAAAGCUCCACCAGGCUCUGUGACCGGCCCGAGCCAAGAAACGGAGGCAAGUACUGUGUGGGCCGCAGGAUGAAAUUUCGGUCAUGUAAUACUGAUUCCUGUCCACAAGGCAAGGAAGACUUCCGAGAGAAACAGUGCUCUGAUUUUAAUGGUAUAAAUUUUAACAUCAAUGGGCUCUCCCCAGAUGUGCGAUGGCUCCCCAAGCUCAGUGGCAUUCCCAUGAAAGAUCGCUGCAAACUCUAUUGUCGGGUAGCUGGGACCAGUAGCUUCUACCAACUCAAGGACAAGGUCGUGGAUGGGACUCCUUGUGGGACAGAAACGAGUGACAUCUGUGUUCAGGGUGUAUGUCGACCUGCUGGCUGUGACCAUGUGUUAAACUCCAAGGCCAAGAGAGAUAAGUGUGGUGUGUGUGGUGGAGAUGACUCUUCGUGCAAGACAGUGACCGGAGUCUUCAACAGCAGUGCUCGAUAUGGUUAUAAUGUUGUUGUCAAGAUUCCCACAGGAGCAACAAACAUUAAAAUUCUCCAGUACAGCUAUUCUGGAAGACCAGAAGAUGACAACUACCUUGCCUUAUCUGACUCUCAAGGGAAUUUCCUGUUGAAUGGAAAUUUUGUUGUAAGCAUGUCAAAGAAAGAAAUCAACAUACAAGGGGCUAUUUUUGAGUACAGUGGAUCAAACCACUCAGUCGAGAGAAUUAAUAGCACUGACCGACUGGAGGAAGAACUUGUGCUGCAGGUGUUAUGUGUUGGUGAUUUAUACAACCCGAAUAUACACUACUCCUUCAACAUUCCUGUGGAAGGGAAGAGUGACUUGUUUAAGUGGAACCCACAAGGACCAUGGGAAGAUUGCAGCAAAAUGUGUCAAGGUCUUCGUAGAAGGAAAGUGGUCUGCAUCCGUCAGAGCGAUCGCAUGGUUGUGCCCGAUCAGCGCUGUGACCAUUUGCUGCUCCCAGCAUUGGUGACUGAAGAAUGCAACACAGACUGUGAACUGAGGUGGCAUAUUGUGGGCAGAAGCCACUGCUCAUCUGCCUGCGGUCCUGGCUCUCGGUCCUUGGACAUCCGUUGCAUGAAGUACUCCAUCCACAAAGGACAGACAGCCCCUGUGGAUGACCAGCACUGCAGAGACCAGCUGAAACCUCCUCUCCGUGAGCCGUGUCGGGGCGACUGUGGCGUGAUAAGGUGGCAUUAUUCAGAAUGGUCCCAGUGUUCUCGAAGCUGUGGAGGAGGGCAGAGGACCCGAGACUCUUACUGCGUCAAUAACUUUGGCCGCCAUCUUGCUGAGAAAGAAUGUCAGCAGCUUGCCCGGGUGACGGUGGAACGCUGCAAUGAGGUUUCCUGCCCCGGAUGGGCAACGAGUGAGUGGAGUGAGUGCACAGCCACAUGUGGACAUGGCUAUCAGAUUCGGGCUGUUAAAUGUGUUGGUGGACCAUUCGAGUUGGAUGGUAGAGAGUGCCCUGCUGCCAGCCGCCCCACUGACAAGCAGGACUGUAUGCUUCCAUCUUGCCCAGUUCUCCCCAAAGCUGCAGCCACUUCGUUACCAGCUACUCCCCUGGGGAAGGGAGCUCAGUGGCGGCACGGCUCCUGGACAGCAUGUUCUGUGUCUUGUGGAAGAGGGAAGCGGGCCCGCUAUGUAAGCUGUCGUGAUGCUAAAGAUGAGAUAGCAGAGGAAUCUGACUGUGCCCACCUGCCCCGGCCUGCAGAGAUUGAGGUCUGCUUCAGCCCAUGUGGAGAAUGGCGAGCAGGCAUCUGGUCUCCUUGUUCAGCUUCCUGCGGCCAAGGAAAAGCAACUCGACAGGUUGUAUGUGUCAACUCUCACCAAGCCAUUGAUGAGAACUACUGUGACCCUGAAACCCGUCCGACCACCCAGCAAGCAUGCAUCCUGGCUGUCUGUCCACCUGUCCAGAGCCAUUUCCAAGGCGGAAAUUUCCCAUUCGGUCACAAACUGGAAGUGGACAAACAUCCUCCUUCAUCCAUCAGAGGAAACCAGUGGAGAACAGGACCCUGGGGAUCUUGCUCCAGCAGCUGUGCUGGGGGUAUCCAGCAGAGGGCGGUGGUCUGCCAGGAUGAAAACGGACAAAGUGCCGGCUACUGUGACCCAGCUUCCAGGCCUCCAGAGUCCCAGCACUGCGAGUCAGGACCCUGUCCACGCUGGAACUAUGGAAACUGGGGAGAGUGUUCACAAACUUGUGGGGGUGGGAUCAAAUCAAGAUUCGUCAUCUGUCAAUUUCCUGAUGGCCAAGUGUUACCAGAGCACAACUGUGAACUCCGAAACAAGCCUCCCGGCGUGGCACAGUGUCACACCCAUGCCUGCCCAGAGGGGGCCGCAUGGAAUCGGGGACCAUGGGAGAUGUGCUCAGCUUCUUGUGGUAAAGGUAUAAAAUUCCGUGAAGUAUUUUGUACAGACCCAUUCCAAGGAAAACUAGAAGACAGAUACUGCAGCCACCUCCGGAAACCUCGAGCUCACAAAGCUUGCCGUGCUGUCAGAUGUCCUUCAUGGAAAGCCAACAGGUGGAAGGAGUGCUCUGUGACCUGUGGGCCUGGAGUUCAACGCAGAGACGUGUACUGCAGGCUGAGGGGCGUGGGUCGUGUGUCGGAGGAGGCCUGCAAUGGCUCUACAAGGCCUCCCUUCCAGAGGCAGUGUUGGCGUGAGGAUUGCCAACGGUACCGGUGGGUGGCUGGAGCCUGGCUCCACUGUUCACCAUCGUGUAAGAAAAAAGAGACAUACAGGCAAGUCAAGUGUGUGGAUGCUAAAAACACCCAAGUGGAUGAAAAUCUCUGCCACGGGCUCACCAGACCCCCUUCAGCCAAAAAGUGCAGGAACCCACUCUGCAAGUAUGUGGUGGUGACAGCAGACUCAUCACAGUGUACAGGAAACUGUGGACUUAGCUAUCCGCAAAGGAUUACUUACUGCAUUGGGAUCCAGUCUACUAAGAGACACAAGCCGCAUCAGCUUUGGCCUGUUCAAUACCGAGAAUGUCCCAUGCUGCCUUCCCCUCAUCUUCACAAAUGUGACACUAGAAAUUGUCUGCAUGUGGCCACGUGGAAAGUUGGGAAAUGGAGCCAGUGCUCAAUGACGUGUGGGACUGGGGUAAUGGAAAGGAGAGUGGAAUGCAGGCUUGAAAAUGGUUGGCCCACAGACUUAUGCCUGAAGCAUUUAAAACCAGACUCGCAAAAGAAAUGCUAUGCUCAUGACUGCAAAUCAUUGAGCACCUGCAAAGAAAUCCAAGUUACACACAACACUACCAAGGAUGGUGACUAUUAUCUAAACAUAAAGGGAAGAAUAAUAAAGGUCCAUUGUUCAGGUAUGAACACAGGGAACCCCAUGGAGUACUUACCGCUUGUCAAAAGCGAAGACAACUUUUCUGAAGUGUAUGGUCUGAGAUUAGAAAAUCCACAUGAAUGUCCUUUUAAUGGGAGUAGGAGGCAAGACUGUAAAUGUAAAAAUGACUACUUAGCUGCUGGAUACACCGUUUUCCAAAAAAUAAGAAUUGACCUCAUUUCUAUGCAAAUUAAAACAAUGGACCUUCUUUAUUCCCAGACAAUAUUUGGAAAGACAGUUCCCUAUGCCACGGCUGGAGAUUGCUACAGUGCUGCUAGAUGCCCGCAGGGCCAGUUCAGCAUUAACCUGACAGGAACUGGGGUGAAGAUCUCCAGCACGGCGAAGUGGCUCGCUCAGGGGAGGUACUCCUCCGUCAUUGUCCACAGAUCCCAAGAUGGAGCCAAGGUGUAUGGGCGAUGUGGAGGCUUCUGCGGGAAGUGCGCUCCUCACGUGGCCACCGGUCUUCCCAUUCAAGUGCUAUAA